AUGAAUAAAUUAGAGGAUUUGAAUCCCCUAUUUUGCCCACCCCCCUCUAACGGCUCCGAAUAUAUUCCGUUUGAGGACAGAUCUCCAACACUGGUAAAUUAUUACAAGUUUGCCCUGGUGAGUAAGAUCAACGCCUAUUUUUAUCAAGUCCAAGACCCUCCACCGAAAGAGAGUGGCGGGGUUUCCGAUAAAACGAAGGACGAGAAGAUCUCCCCUUUAGAACAGGUACAUCAUUAUGAAAACUCGAUUAAGCAGCAAUUGGCUCAAGAUUAUCAAAUAUCGGACAUACUGACAUACGGGGCCAAAAAAGAAAUAUGCAUCUUCAGACUCGAAACAAGACUAAACCCACAGGAUCAGGAGUUGGGAUUCAAUCAGUUGAAGGAUGCAGUUGACAAUAUUAUCAUAGAAAGCAAUCUCCCUCUCAAACUUGCAUCUUCAACGACAUUUGAUGCUGACUCAGUAUUUAAAUCUCAGUCCAGCUCACAACAGCAUUCCAGGCCGAGUAGCAUUGUGUACCUCAGCUUCUUGAGAGCAAUGAAGAAGUUUAUCUGUCAGCAUCUCAUGGCUAGAUCGUCAGAGGUUGAAAUGAUUCCAUUUGGUAACCAAACUCUGGUUCGCACUGCACAGGACACAUUCCAGAUUUUAAAAAUCAACACAUCGCUUAGCAUUCGCAAUGAGAUUAUCUCUAAUUUUGCCAUAAAUAACAUCCCGCAGUUUUACCGACUGUCAACUCUCCUGGACACUGAAUUUGACAUCUUGAAAAGCAAUUACGCCCUCUAUCUUUGCCCUUCUGGGGUGCGAUGUUCUUUUGCUAAUCAAGAUAUGCUGGCAAACUCGCUUUCAUUUGAGCCCCCAUCGAAUUACGAGAAACUUUUGCGUUUGUUGUUUGAGUACUCGCAUAUUAAACUUGAGACGCCUUCGCGCUGGAUCAAACUCGUCCCAAAUCUAAACCACAUGAACGGGCUUACGCCAAACAUUGCGCGAUAUCUCGAAUCUUCUGCUCCCAAUUCAAAAUACAUUAUGUGGCCAGCCUCUAUGUGCAUGAUCCAGUUUGGCGAUGACGUCGAGGAGCCGGCUUUUGAACUAGUUGACUCUUUCGAAAUGAUUGAAGAACUAAUACUUGAGUCUGACGAAGAACCCCAGCCACCACAAUUAUCUGCAACUGAGGAGCCUGCGGCAGACUCCAACCCAACGGAUGUUGAUAUGGACUCUGCAAAAGAAUCACCAGGAGACUGGGAUGAGCUUUUCGAAGAAUCGAUGAAUGAAGAGGAGGAAGACAUACAGCAUGAUGUGCCAGAAUCAGAAUCGCAGUCUAAACCCGAACUGGUGUCGAGUCCUGUAGAAAAAGAUGCAAAGCGCUUCAUUGAGCUUGAGCCAUCGAACCCAUUCUAUGAGGAUCCUGGCGCGCCAUCUCCCGCUUCAUUUCACAUAUUUGCAUCUCCAAGCCCCGAGACAACGGAUGCCUCCUCUGCCAACGAUGAAUUUGGCUCAGUGACACCAAAAGACUUGAAGAAAUCCAUAUUUGCCCCACUCAAUUUCAACCCGCUUAUUGAGAAGGACAUCGACAGCAAGUAUUCAAACGGCGGAAAGUUCUUUGUGCGUAGCGAAGCACAGAGUUUGCGCUCCCAGGAAUCUGCAUCUACAACGCCGACAUUCUGGAAGAAUAAAAAGGGAGAGAGCGAUAUUGAAGAGCGAGACUUGAUAAGUGACAGUGAAGAAGAGAUAGAUGAGGAUGACGAAGACGAAGAUGAUGAAAAAACGGGUCUUGGUAUAAGUAUAACAUCGAUUCCUCGAAAUACAGGAAUAUUGUCAUCAAUGACCCCAUUCGUUAACCAAGCUGCAAUUUCGCAGCCCCAAGCUCCAUCGCCUCAAAUUUCAGGCGCUCAAGAAAUUCAGAACUGGCUUUUCUGGAUAUUGAGAGGUCCAGCUCUCUGUACAAUUCCUUCAAGAUUUCUUUCGACAGGAAAUCCUGUCAUCUCAAAAGACAGGAUUGAGCUUGUUUUGCCAAUAAUCCAAGAGCUUGUGCUCUUCACAACAGCGACGAAAGAUCAGUGUUUGGAACAAGCGUCCGAUCUCAACGAGGUACUGGAUUCAACAGUGUUGAGUGCUUUUCCUGGUUCCUCGAAAAUGAGACUCUACGAGCUGUUGGACUGUGAUCGACCAAAUUCGGAAAUGAGACUAUUUGACAGUCUCUUUGGUAGCGAGAAAGAGAUAUACAAGCUGGAGGCCCCGAAAAUAGACUUUGAUGAUCCCAGCUUUGCCACAACAUCACCAUUGAUGAACAUUACAGAAACUGAAAACAAAAGACACUCGGGCGUAUUCAAGGAGAAUGCAAACCGUUCUAUCGCCGAAAGUGUAAAAUCCACUUCUUUGUUCAAAAUCCCAACUACAAUUUUCAAUACAAAACGGAAUGACCAGGAGCUGAAAAUCAACGAGACAAGUCUGAGAUACUGGAAACUGCUAAACCUUGAACCUCUUGAAGGUGAAAAAAAUAUCAGAGUUAUUUUAGUUGUGCCAAAAGGUACAUCUUAUCUGCUGGAUAAAAGUCGGAUAUUCUUACAGGAUUUGAUGGCUACGUACUCAUCUUGGAAGCUAGGACAAAUGAGUCAGCUGCAAGAUAUUCUGGAGAUUUCAGGCAGCAAUGCCGAGCUUUUUGCUAGAAAUACCGAGGAAGCUCUUACGUCACUGGCCGACUCGCUGAGAAAUCAAUAUUUGGUUGACUCGAGUGGUCAGAAAGAUGCUAUCUUAGUCAUGAUUGCAGUUCCAAACAUUGGCAUGCAGCUUCUAACCAAUCUAGCAGGCGUGCUCGAACAAUUCCAAAACACACUUACAAUGAAAGCCGUUGACCAAGAAACCGAAGAAGACCGGAGAAAACGUAGGAAGAAGAAUAUUUCAACCACUAUCAGUAUUCCUAUUUUCUCUUUUUACAAGGUCAUUCCACUUGAUCUUUAUCUUUCCAAAAAUGAGUGCUAUUCAGUUAUUACUUCCCAAAAACUUGGAGAUCUGGCUUUAGAGAUUUACUCAUUGUAUCCUAGCAAAGACGUUUCUGAGCCUUUUAAGGACAGAGCUCGGUUGUUGACAAUCUCAAAACAGCUUCCUCAUAAAAUACCUUUUGUAAUGACGAAGGCGCCAGUUUCAUCAGGCCUAAUUGCGGAUGAUUUGUUUUUGCAUGUUUGCUACGAACGAUCGAUUGACAAAAACUGGUGCGCAGCAAGCUGGUCCGACCAGUACGGUAAAAUCAAUUUUACUCGCUCUUGGUUGAUUGGCCCAGAUUGCCGAUGCCAGACUUUCGAGGAAGUCUCGGAUGAGAUUUUUGGCAUUUCUAUGGAUUAUGUUUCCAGUCAUAAUGGUAAGGCGUACGUGAUCUUGACUAGACUGAACAAUGUUAUUCCCGACGAUGAACUGACAGAGUGGAAACGUCUUUCGAUCAAGAACAACAAACUCACGCUUAUUGUUCUCACCGUGGAGCUGGAACCUUCCACUCUUGUUUUGUCACACCUCCAAGAGCAGAAGGAUGAUCUAAAAGACAUGUACUCUGUGAAGUUUACCGCAGCGUCCACAAAUUCGCAGAUGCUUACUCCUAGCGUGGCAAACCGCAUGGAAAGCCCAAUGAAUGGACAAACGCCUUCUUAUGAUCCCGGUGCAUCUCCCUUGGACACUUCUGCCUUUACAGGGUCUCAACAACAGGUUCUAGAGAAUCCAGAGCUGAUAGAGCUAUCAAACGAGUGUUAUGGAGUGAUUUUGCAAGUGGCUCAACAAUUAUCGAAUCAGUCCAUUCGCAUGCCCCUACGCACUGGGUUCAUUGUCAAUUCCGGUCGACGAACGGCUGAAGGUUACGAACCGGGGUCUAUAAUCGAACUAAACUUGCUGAGUUGUCAAGCAGGAGUUAAUUCCAUCGAGCUGCUGAAAAAUCUGAUUAUGCAGUAUAAGCAUCUGGCGAACCUCAACAAGAACCCCGUUUGCCCUUGGCACGUAUCUGCAGUCAGACAGAUGAUAAAUUUCUUAGUUCACUUGGACGUGAGAUGA